ACACUACAAAAUGAGGAAUCUAUUCUCUUAUCUCUUUCUCUUUUGGUUCUCACUGUAUUGUUUCAUUGCUUGCACAACUUCAAAUAUAAAAAAUAUUAGAACCGAUGAAUCUGCUCUUCUAGCAUUUAAAUCCCUCAUUACUUCAGACCCAUAUGGUAUGUUGGCUAAUAAUUGGUCUACCUCCUAUUCUGUAUGCAAUUGGGUUGGUGUGAGUUGUGAUAAGAAACACAAUAGAGUCAACAGUUUGAAUCUCACAAACAUGGGUCUUAGAGGCACUCUUUCUCCAAAUUUAGGGAAUUUGUCCUUUCUUGUUAAACUUGUUCUCUCCAACAAUAGUUUUGGUGGCCAACUUCCCAAAGAGAUAGGUUGGUUGCGACGAUUAAAGGUUCUAUCUUUCGACACUAACGAGUUUGUUGGAGCAAUUCCUCCGGCUUUAGGAGAUUUAUCUCAUCUUCAACAUUUAGAUCUCAACACUAACCAUUUCAGUAGUUUUAUCCCUCAGUCAAUAUACAACUUGUCUAAGUUAGAGCACUUGGAUUGUGGACAUAACUCCCUUGAAGGAACCAUUCCACCAAUGAUCGGACGACUUCAUCAAUUGAACAAUUUGUCUCUUAAUGACAACAAGAUGUCCGGCCUCAUACCUAAAGAAAUCUCAAACAUAUCUUUACUUGAAACUUUAUAUUUAUCUUCUAACAAUUUUUCAGGUCCAAUACCCGAGGAGAUUGCUUAUCUUGACAAACUUGAGUUCCUAAUACUACUAGAGAACAAUUUUAGUGGAUCUAUUCCUUUAAAAUUAUUCAACAUAUCAUCACUCAAAUACUUGCUGCUUGAACAAAAUCGCCUCUCAGGUCCAAUACCUGAGGAGAUUGGUUAUCUUAAUCAACCUGAGGCUAUAGCAUUAUCAAACAACAACUUUAAUGGCUCUAUUCCUUUCAGACUCUUCAACAUGUCAAGACUCAUUUUCUUGUAUCUUGAACAGAAUCAUCUCUCCGGUAUAAUACCAUUUAUUACAAAUCUUCCUAGACUUCAAGUACUACACUUGAAUAAUAACAAUUUUGUUGGAAAUAUUCCAGUGAGCAUAUUCAACGCUUCUAAGCUUCUGGAAUUACAAUUGAGUUACAACUCUUUCAGUGGAACUUUGUCCAAUCAUCCUUUUGAAAAUUUGAAGUUCCUCAACACAUUUAUUAUAGAUCACAAUGAUUUGACCAUUAAUGAUUCUCUUGGAUUCUUUACUUCAUUGACAAGUUGUAGAUAUUUGGAAUAUCUACUCUUAUCGGAGAAUCAAAUAUUACCCAAUCUUCCUCGGUCAAUUGGAAACAUAACUUCAGAAUACUUUGUUGCAGAUUCAUGCGGAAUUGACGGUAAUAUUCCCUUAGAGAUUGGAAACAUGAGCAAUUUGUUAAGUUUUUCUCUGAUUGGGAAUAAUUUAAAUGGACCAAUACCUAGUACAUUCAAAGGGUUACAAAAACUUCAGGUAUUGAACCUUCGCUACAAUGGACUACAAGGAUCAUUUAUUAAGGAGCUAUGUGAAAUGGAGAGUUUGAGUGAGUUGUAUCUAGAUCAUAAUAGCCUUUCUAGUUCUUUACCAUCUUGUUUGGGAAAUAUGACUUCUCUUAGAACUUUAAACAUAGGAUAUAAUAUUUUUACCUCUAAGAUCCCUUCCUCUCUUUGGAGUCUCAAAGAUAUCUUAAAGAUAAAUUUGUCCUCUAAUGCUUUCAUUGGUAAUCUUCCAUCUGAGAUUGGGAAUUUGAGAGCAAUUGUAUUAUUAGAUCUUUCAAAAAAUCAUAUUUCAAGCAAAAUUCCUACAACCAUCACUUUCUUAAAAACAUUGCAGAAUCUCUCUUUCGCGCACAACCAAUUCUAUGGGCCAAUUCCCACAUUACUUGGUGACAUGGUAGGCUUGAUCUCCUUGGACUUAUCCCAAAAUAUGCUAACUGGUGUUAUUCCAAAAUCUUUAACAUCACUUUUGUAUCUUCAAAACAUCAACUUUUCAUACAAUAGUUUACAAGGAGAGAUUCCUGAUGGUGGACCUUUCAAGAAUUUCACAUCCCAGUCUUUUAUGCAUAAUGAAGCACUUUGCGGAAAUCCUCGCCUACAAGUUCCUCCAUGUGGUGGUAAACAUGUUAAGAAAAGUUCAACGACAAAGAAGCUAUUAAUGAAAUGCAUACUUCCCAUAGUACUGUCAACCAUUUUGGUUGUUGCAAGCAUAAUACUUUUAAAACAUAAACGGAAAAAGGUUGAAAAUAAUCUUGAAAAGGGUUUAUCUACUUUAGGAGCUCCAAGAAGAAUUUCUUAUUAUGAACUUGUGCAAGCAACAAAUGGUUUCAAUGAGGAUAAUUUACUUGGAAGGGGUGGCUUUGGCUCUGUGUAUCACGGAAAGCUUCCCGAUGGUGAGAUGAUUGCAGUUAAAGUAAUUGAUUUGCAGUCAGAGGAAAAAUCAAGAACCUUUGAUGCAGAAUGCAAUGCAAUGAGAAAUCUACGACAUCGAAAUCUGGUUAAGAUUAUUAGCAGUUGUUCAAAUCUUGAUUUCAAAUCAUUGGUGAUGGAGUUCAUGCCAAAUGGAAGUGUGGACAAAUGGUUAUAUUCAAAUAACUAUUGUUUGAAUUUCAUGCAAAGGUUAAAUAUAAUGAUAGAUGUUGCAUCUGCAUUGGAAUAUCUCCAUCAUGGUUCUCCAAUACCAGUGGUUCAUUGUGACCUAAAGCCUACAAAUGUGUUGCUGGAUGAAGAUAUGGUUGCACAUGUUAGUGAUUUCGGUAUUGCGAAGCUCAUGGAUGAAGGACAAUCUAAAACUCAUACAGAUACUUUGGCUACUAUUGGAUACCUUGCACCAGAAUAUGGAUCCGAAGGAAUUGUUUCUAUCAGAGGAGAUGUGUACAGCUAUGGGAUAAUGCUAUUGGAAAUUUUCACAAGAAGAAAACCAACUGAUGAUAUAUUUGUUGGAGAUCUAAGUUUGAAAACAUGGAUCAGUGGAUCAUUGCCUAAUUCAAUUUUGGAAGUCUUGGAUUCUAAUUUAAUCCAACAGAACGGAGAACAACAAAUGGAUAAGAUAUUGACACACAUGUCAUCUAUUUUUGGUUUAGCCCUGAAUUGUUGUGAACAUUCACCUGAAGCAAGAAUCAAUAUGAUAGAUGUUAAAUCAACGCUUAUCAAAAUCAAGACUUUGAUUUUUGGCAGAAGUGUGGUCUAGUUAUUUUCAUUUGUACAAUUGGUUUGUUAUUUUACUAGAAUGUAUUUUAUUUCUUUUCUAAUGUUUGUUAGUUCAUUCGAAUGCUUCUUUAGGUUUUUGUUUUUAUUUUCUAAUGUUUGUGUGGGAUGCUUUCAAUAUUGUUUUGGAUUGAUAUUUUGUACCUUCUUUAAAUUUCUAUAUUAUUGUAUUUGAAUGAAGUACAUUUAAGGUGGUUACUA